AUGGCAGACUUAGCAGAUGCUCUCACGAAGCUAGCCGACAAUGAACAGGCUAUGGGCGAUGCUGAAAAAGACGUGGAAAUCUUCAGAAUCCAGCGCAUGCAAAGCAUAUACAAAAAACGGGCAGACAUCACCAAGACCAUACCCCAGUUCUGGUACAUCGUUUUAGCCCAAAAUGACGACUUUGGUGAGUACAUCAGACCCGAAGACUUAAAGUACCUUGAAACCAUCACAGACAUUUAUGUGGAUCACCCAAUUGCCGAUGCAAAACACUACAGAGAUUUCACCAUCACUUUUUCAUUUGGUGAGGGCAGUGUUCCAAAGCAAGAUGUAACCAAAAAGUUCACGACUGUGGACGAGGAUGGUGAAGCUAAGAUUUACUCAGAGCCAGCCGAAGUCCAAUGGCCAGAGGAGCUCAAAGACAUUUCUCCAGCGCUAAUCAGAAAGAACAAGGAGAGCGAAAACUACACCUCUGACGAGAAGAAGAGAUACAGACAAGGCAUGAAAUCGCUUUUUGCGUGGUUCGAGUGGACAGGCAAAAAGCCUAGUAAGGAGUUCAGAAGCGGAGAAGAUUUGGCCCGUUUGAUCGUGGACGACUUGGUUCCCAAUGCCGUGCAUUACUACUCUGAGGCCAUGAACAACGAUGGAGAGUCUGAAGUGGAUGAUAGUUCCGAAGGUGAGGAGCUAGAUCUCAGUGACGACGAGCCCGAGAAGAAGAAGCAGAAGAAGGAGUAG